AUGAUGGUCGCUGCGCUCGCGGUUGACGCACAGCACAAGAGCUUUGUUUGUCUAUAUCGAGACAGUGAGAAGUUCGUCACAACGGUUAAUCUCGGCGCUACCGUAUAUUUCCGGGUUCUGCUCAAAGAAUGCCAGCAAUCUGAGAACUUCACUGAGAAGAGUUUCCAGUUCAUAGCGUCACUCUUGAAAGAAUCGUCGUCGCACUAA